ACUUCUCGAUUGCCUUCAAACAAGCAACUUUCAAAGCAUCGCUUUCCAAGUCCUGAUCAGGUUACCGCAGAUGGCAUUCGCGGUGGCAGUUUCGCUGCUGGCCGCCAGGGCGCGGUUAGCUUGUCUCCUGUUCAUGGUGAUAUGCCUCACUCAACUGCAUAUUCACAACCUUGGCCGCCUACCCAAGUGUGUGGUACACGCCAUAUGCUCUCCACUUUUAGGAAAGAGGUAAGUUGA